AUGCCAGUCGAAUCAAAUAACGAAAAGCUGAUUGCUGUGAUCGGAGAUGAGGAUACUGUAACUGGAUUAUUGCUUGCUGGAAUUGGUGAUAAGAGUGAAAAGAACGGCACCAAUUACAUGAUCGUGGAUAAGGACACGAAAGUAAAAGACAUUGAAGCAGAGUUUAAGAGACUCUCGAAGCGCAGUGAUAUAGGUAUUAUCAUUAUCAACCAAAGCAUCGCAGAUAUGAUUCGUCACAUCUUGAAUAAUUACACUUCCACAAUUCCGACUGUGAUUGAGAUUCCUAGCAAGGAUAAGCCAUACGACGCUACUCGUGACACGGUGAUUCGCAAGGUGGCCAAGAUGCUUGGAACGGAAGAAGCUUGA